AGUCCCAGAACGCCCUCACCUUCACCUAAACGUGAUCGAGUCCUUCCAUCCGUCGAGUUCACCUUUUCAUGCAGUCCUUCAUCCGCUGGAGGUGCGAUAACACCGACCUCGUCCGUGGACCAAUCAAGCCCACAUCUCCGCGGAAGCGAUCGGCGCUCGAUCACGCCAACUGCACAACCCCUUUUCGAGAACCUGCGUCUCAGUGAACAUGUUAAGCCCCCAGAAGCUGAAGAGCCACAGGUUGACUACACCGAGCAGGCGCAAAGAGUGUUUGGUUUGAGCCCGACACCCAAAUCACUCGCUACAACCUACAGAGACCUCCACAAUGCCACUCCCAGUCCUGCCGGACCCUCCUCCCGCCGGCCAGAUCAGCAGUCGCGGGCAAGCACCCCCACCUCUCCUCUGGAAAACGUUAACGGCAACUUGACAAACCUGAAUCUGGAAGGCUCUAAGCAUGCCGCAGCAAAUGCUUCUGACAAGAUUCAGCAUGAGUUCGUUUUCACCAACCGUGUUACUGGCGACGAUGAUGAUGAAAGUCGGUACAACGUUCGCCAGGAGGAACUCCCUCGAGCGCCAAUAUACGAUAUUCAACUUCAGAAUGCACUACGCAAUAUCAAAGGUCAACUCGCUGGCCUCGCGCAGCAGCUUGGGACGAGACGCGAUUUGGUGGGCGAUUCAACUACAAUGUUGCAUCAAUUGUAUGAGCAGGCACUCAAGGCGAGUCGUUUUGCAUAUCCGGCAACGCGGACUGUGGGCUUCAUCGGCGACUCGGGAAUGGGCAAGAGCAGCCUAAUAAACUCCAUUCUUGACCAAGAGGGGCUGGCCCGGUCGAGUGGUGACGGUGCUGCUUGCACGACAGUAGUUACAGAAUUCCGGAGUAUUAAUGACGAACAUCCGCAAAACUAUACCGUCGAAGCGGACUUCAUGGAUACGAGCGAAAUUCGUGAACUACUGGAGGAGUUGCUUUCCAGUGUUCGGAAAUACUACACAGAUGCCUUCCGCGAAGUGCAAGUUUCGGAAGAAAAAGAGGACAUCAAGGCCGCAGCGCUGAGAGCGUGGGAGACGUUACGGUCUCUCUUCCCACAUCAAGAAGGCUUUGACCUCGAGUUUCUGUCCAAGGAAGGAGAAGAGCCAGUAGAGACCAUCUUAACGACUUUGCAGGAAUGGGCCAUGGCUGGACUGGAUCACCGACCGGGGGGGCGAGACACCCUUCGCUAUUCCGUGGUAGCCCGGCAUGCGGAUGAAUGCAUGGAGCAGCUGGACAGUCUCAUGGCAGACCCCAAAGAUAGCAAUCGACCAGCAUUAUGGCCCUUUGUAAAGCUGAUCAGGGUUUAUUUGCGGUCGCCUGUCUUGCGCACUGGCUUGGUCUUGACUGAUCUUCCAGGCUUCCGCGACCUGAACUAUGCCCGAGUCCGGGCGACAGAGAAGUAUCUCCGUCACAGUUGCGACGAAGUGUUCAUCGUCAGCUCGAUACUCCGUUGUACCACUGACCAGUCGAUCGGCGACAUUAUCCGACGUUGUGCAAGAGAUCAACCCAUUCGCAUUGUGUGCACUCGUUCAGAGGAUGUCGAUGCAAAAGAAACUGCGCGCAGUUCUUCCCCUGAUGAUGCUGCACGCAUUCGUAAUAUGGACAGCCGAAUCGAGCGUCUUGAAAGUAGAAUUAGGUCGACGCGCUCUCGAAGACGACGCGCGAGCGGAAGUAGGGGCCAAAGCCUCGCUGCUGAGGAGACAGAUCUAAGCGAUCAAAAAGACGCCCUCCAGCUUGAGUUGAAUCGUUUCCUCAUCAGAAGAAGGAACAACCGAGUCACGGACAUUCUGUUAGCCGCCUGGGGCAGCCAAGCGCGGGUAUUCUGUGUUAGCAACAAGCUUUACGCUGAUCAUCGAUUCAACGACAUCGAGGAAGCCAAUGGGUACCGUGCGCUGAGUGGGAUCACCGAGCUUCGUCGCUACUGCCAAUCUGUUCCUGCUGAUGCGCAGUUCCGGGCAACAGUCACUUACCUCAAAAAUGAUGUCCCGGCGCUUUUAGGUUCAAUAAAUCAAUGGGUGUUGGCGGGUUCUAGUGGCAUCACCGUCGCCCGAGCCGAAUUACUGCGUGGCGUCUUAGUGGAGGCGGAAACGACCCUCGAACGGGUACGAUCACUUUCACUAAAGGAACUCCAGCUAAUCUCUCAUGUGAAGUGGCAUCACAUGACAUACGCAGCUUUUUGUCGCAAUUAUGGAAGUCACGAGACGGGGAGGCAGCCCUACCGUUGCUGGAAUGAGGAGAUUCUCGGCUCCGCACGUGAUUGGCUAAUCCUCGCAUGGGAUGUUGUGUUAGGCCAGUUGGAGGGACAUGCAGAAGGCUUCGAGAAGGGUCUUUCGCGUCUGUUCAGGGAGGUCUGCCACCGGAUUGCUGAUACGAUCGGACUUUCAGAACACCAGGACCUCGCGCCAGAAUCGCUGCAGAAUCUGCUUUCGAAUAUCCGCACUCGGCAAAAAUGCUUGGAGGAAGCGGUGCGCAGUUCCUUCCAUGAUCUUGUGUAUACAACGGAAAAAAUCAAAGCCGACACGAUCCAGGGGCAUUCCAGUUCCUAUAUCGCGGGUGUCAUGCGCCCUGUCUAUAACAUCUGCCAACAGCAAUACGGUACCGGAAGCGAUUCCCGACGCAAGGGAACAAUGAACCGCUCCCUUUCAUCUCCAAUGCUUUUCAUGCAAUUCGCCUCGAAUAUCGCGGAAGACUAUCAUCGCGUAUUGAAUCAGACCUUUGAUCAACUAGACCAGAGGCUGCGGGACGAGAUUGCGAACAUCACUCGGGACCUGCGGGCUUCAGUCACGGUCGAGGGCGAGGUUUCUGAAGCGGGGCAGAACCUUCGACAUGCUAAUCAGGUGAAGAAGAGGGUGGAGGAAACUCGCAUUGUUUUAGAUCUUGCUCAGAUGACGGCUAGAGAGUUGGCAGAGGAGAUAGCGUCUUGA